UGCACAAAAAGACUGACAAGACUCUCUCUCUCUCUCUCUCUCUCUCUCCACUGCUUUCUGAUCCCUUUAUCCCUCUCAAAAGGUUUGCUAACAUCUAUAGAAUCGAAAACUAAAAGUGAGAGGAUUUCGGAUAGAGUUCCAGAUCUUAGUAUCUGUCUGCAGAAUAGUCUUUGGAGUUAUGGACAGAAACACCAGAGUGAAAUUAGUAGACAAGCAUCAUGAAGAUAGGAAGUCAAAACAAGAAGGAAAAGAAGCCUUAGCGGCAAAGCAACAGUCACCAACAUCUCCUGUAUCACCACCUUCAUCAUCCUCCUCUCCAUCCCAUGAAUUCUCCUUCACAAUCUCUCUCCACUCUUCCUCAACACCGAUCCAUGAUAAAACCAAUUUGCCACCUUCACUUGCAGCUGAUUUGUCUCCUGCAGAUGACAUUUUCUUCCAUGGCCACCUGCUUCCUCUCCGCCUCCUCGCUCACCUCCCUGUCUCUCCUCGCUCCUCUACUAAUACCUUGGACAGCUUCAGCCUCCCAAUCAGAGGCUCAUUGGAUGAGCAAGAUCCCAAUAAAGAUAGCAACAGCUGCAGCACCAGAAAUGGGAACAUCAUCACCAACAACGUUAACAAAAGCAACUACUUUCAAGGGAACAUUGUGGAAACAAUGGGAAAAAUCAAGUCGAGGACUUUCUCGUUAUUUGGGUUAGCAAGACGGCGAAGGGGGCCUGAAGUUACAGAGAAGAAAGAUAAGGAGAAACACAAGAGGAAGCUGAGGUUCGAUGUGAGUCAUGUAUUGAGGAGGUACGUGAGGAUGUUCCGGCCAUUAAUGUUCUUCAGAAGGAGAGGAGAGAAUAUCCGAUUACGUCGCCAACCGUAUUCGUUUUCAGGUGACUUAAGCAUGAGAAAUAAGCAAGAGUUGGGAGGAAGAAGACGAGAGUUUUCAGCACCAGCCUCAAUGAGGACAUCUCCAGCAAAUAGUGGCCUCCUUGUAGCAACUGCAGCGCUUCCUUCUUCUGCUAGUGACAGCACCAUGGAAGAGUUGCAGGCAGCUAUUCAAGCUGCGAUUGCUCAUUGCAAGAACUCAAUUUCGAAGGAAGAGAAAAUCAAAGCUUAGAUUAGAUUGAUAUUUCAAUUUCCAUUCUAAGUUCGAUUAUUACAGGGACGUUUGUGUUAUAUAAAUAGAAGUAUAUAUUUGAAGAGUUUGAAAAGACACUGAAUAAAGGAGCUUGUACAGAAGUUUUUUAAACGGUUAUCGCAUGGGAGACAAGGUAAAGUGGGGGAUUGUUUUUGGUGCUUCUUGGAAUUGGCCUUCGUUGAAUUCUCUAGAAUCGAGGGAACUCACGACAGACGCUUCCCCUGAUUUCACCUCUUUGGUACCAGAUUUGGUGGACAGCAACCCAGAAUGGUAUCUCUUCCAUUCAGAGUGCACGCAAUCUGAUUGGAUGUAGAGGCCCUCGAGUUGAUUGACAUCAACGUUUAGAGGAGAGGAAAAUCUCGAGCACUUUUUUUUUUCCUCCUUAUUCCUUCUCUGUGAAAAUCUGGUUUUACCUAUGUGCCAAGCUUUAUAUCCCAAGAGUGAAAAACCGGAUAGAAACAGGACAAUGGCUGGCAGCUAAUUUCAAUGGCCAGUGUUUAAAGCACUAAACCAUUAAAUUCAUGGUUACUGCUGCUGCUGUCUACAAUCUAUUUGGAUGGAAAGGAGAUCCAGACUUUCUUCAACCAGUUGAGAAAAAAGUGGAAUGAGAUAUAUUGUUUUGGGUGAGGAAUAGGUCAAUCGAGGGAUGUGUUUGCUCUAAAAAAUGCAUGGCUUGUGAGUUGUGACAUCUUGGGGCGGUUUUCCAACAAUAUAUGCACUUCUCCAGGAUUAUUGAAGGAAUUUGUGUUGUAAUAUGUUUUUUGAUGCUGGUUCUGAUGCAUUUAUUGGUACCAUCAGGUGUACUUCGGGGCAUGGUGGACUAUACUUUGCUAUUAUGCAUGACAGUUCUAUGUGUGUGCUGGAACUUGCUGUUAAGGAGAGGUCCAUGAAUCCUGGGCUUUGUGGAUGGCCAAACUGUAUCCAUUUUCUGUUUAUGCUGAAGAGGACUGCAUGAAUGUUGCAAAUGGGUGUCAGAAUGCCUCCAUCGGUCUACUGUUGAUUUGAUUGGCUGUAGUGUAAUAAAGGAGAGGUUGGGUUCAUUCAUGUAUUUGGUAGUUGCAUGGUGUAUUUCUGCUUUUAAUACUCUGGCCAUGCACCAAUGUAGUUAUUCUUUUCUAAUAGGAAUUUGGUUGCCCAAAAAAGGGUUGCUUUCUUGUUUUCAA